UUCAUUUCUCAGGAAGUGAAACUCAGACAGUCGUUACCACUGAGAGCUGAAAUGGCACAGAAAGAUCAGCUGGACCGAGAAACCUUCUCUUGUUCCAUCUGUCUGGAUCUACUGAAGGAUCCGGUGGCUAUUCCCUGUGGACACAGCUACUGCAUGAGCUGUAUUAAAGGCUUCUGGGAUGAAGAGGAUCAGAGGAAGAUCUACAGCUGCCCUCAGUGCAGACAGACCUUCACACCGAGGCCUGUCCUGGGGAAAAACACCAUGUUAGCAGCUUUAGUGGAGCGGCUGAAGAAGACUGGACUCCAAGCAGCUCCUGCUGAUCACUGCUAUGCUGGACCUGAAGAUGUGGCCUGUGAUGUCUGCACUGGGAGGAAGCUGAAAGCCCUCAAGUCCUGUCUGACUUGUCCAGCCUCUUACUGUGAGAAACACCUGCAGCCUCAUUAUGAUGCAGCUCCACUAAAGAAACACAAGCUGGUCGACCCCUCGGAGAAGCUCCAGGAGAACAUCUGCUCUCGUCAUGAUGAGGUGAUGAAGAUGUUCUGCCGUACUGAUCAGCAGAGUAUCUGUUAUCUCUGCUCUGUGGAUGAACAUAAAGGCCACGACACAGUCUCAGCUGCAGCAGAAAGGACUGAGAGGCAGAGAGAGCUCGAGGUGAGUCGACAAAACAUCCAGCAGAGAAUCCAGGACAGAGAGAAAGAUGUGAAGCUGCUUCAACAGAGGAUGAAGGCUGUCAAUCGCUCUGCUGAUAAAGCAGUGAAGGACAGUGAGAAGAUCUUCACUGAGCUGAUCAGUCUCAUCCAGAAAAGAAGCUCUGAUGUGAAGCAGCAGAUCAGAUCCCAGCAGGAAACUGAAGUGAGUCGAGUCAAAGAGCUUCAGGAGAAGCUGGAGCAGGAGAUCACUGAGCUGAAGAGGAAAGACGCUGAACUGAAGCAGCUCUCACACACAGAGGAUCACAACCAGUUUCUACACAACUACCCCUCACUGUCACAACUCAGUGCAUCUACAGACUCAUCCAGCAUCAAUAUCCGUCCUCUGAGAUACUUUGAGGAUGUGACAGCAGCUGUGUCAGAGCUCAGAGUUAAACUACAGGACAUCCUGAGGGAGAAAUGGACAAACAUCUCACUGGCAGUGACUGAAGUGGACGUUUUACUGUCAGAAGCAGAACCCAAGACCAGAGCUGGAUUCUUAAAAUAUUCACAUGAAAUCACACUGGAUCCAAACACAGCAAACACAUAUCUGUUAUUAUCUGAGGGGAACAGAAAAGCAACAUACAUGAGUCGACCACAGUCUUAUUCUAAUCACCCAGACAGAUUCACUGGAUGCAAUCAGGUCCUGAGUAGAGAGAGUCUAACUGGACGUUGUUACUGGGAGGUGGAGUGGAGCGGGUCAGGAGGUCAUGUAGCAGUCGCAUACAAGAAUAUCAGCAGAGCAGGAAACUGGAAUGAAUGUCGAUUUGGACUUAAUGACAAAUCUUGGAUGUUAGAUUGUAACACUAACAGUUAUACAUUUUGGUUCAACAACAUCUCAACUCCCGUCUCAGGUCCUCGUUCCUCCAGAGUAGGAGUGUACCUGGAUCACACAGCAGGUAUUCUGUCCUUCUACAGCGUCUCUGAAACCAUGACUCUCCUCCACAGAGUCCAGACCACAUUCACUCAGCCUCUCUAUGCUGGACUUCGGCUUUGUUAUAAUUUUGGAGACACAGUUGAGUUGUGUUCCAGCAGCUGUGGCUUUGUGGAAGAAGCUGUGGAUUUGCUGAGCAGCAGCCUGACCCACGAUGGGCUCCAGCUCGGUGGGGGCGGCGUUACAGAGCUGCUGGAUGCUGGGGAAAUGCUGCAGCAGGGCCAGAGCUUUGACCCUGCCCACCCCCGGGACCUGCUGUACCAGGGCCAGGACCAGGGGGUCCAACAGCCCAGACGCACUCCUCCGCCUGAAAGGGUUCUCCCUGCUCUCCACAUGGACCUGCAGAGGAUCAGAGCAGCAUCAGACAGCUUCUGCCCGCUGACCGGCAGGAGAGUCAGGCCGAGGUCAAACACCACAAACUUCUGGACAGCAGAGAAGUACUGCUCACUGAGUCUGGUGUUCUCCACCAGCACCAGCUGCUGGAAGCUGCUGCUAGCCUUCAAAUCAGGAGGGACGCACAAGAGCUGUCAGGCUCCAUUUCCUGCAGAGACACAUGUUGUCCAGAUCGCAGCUCAAACUUGUUUCAUUUCUCAGGAAGUGAAACUCAGACAGUCGUUGCCACUGAGAGCUGAAAUGGCACAGAAAGGAGUUCAGCUGGACCGAGAAACCUUCUCUUGUUCCAUUUGCCUGGAUCUACUGAAGGAUCCGGUGACUAUUCCCUGUGGACACAGCUACUGCAUGAGCUGUAUUAAAGGCUUCUGGGAUGAAGAGGAUCAGAGGAAGAUCUACAGCUGCCCUCAGUGCAGACAGACCAUAACACAGAGGCCUGUCCUGGGGAAAAACACCAUGUUAGCAGCUUUAGUGGAGCAGAUGAAGAAGACUGGACUCCAAGCUGCUCCUGCUGAUCACUGCUAUGCUGGACCUGAAGAUGUGGCCUGUGAUGUCUGCACUGGGAGGAAACUGAAAGCCCUCAAGUCCUGUCUGGUGUGUCUGGCCUCUUACUGUGAGAAACACCUGCAGCCUCAUUAUGAUGCAGCUCCACUAAAGAAACACAAGCUGGUCGACCCCUCGGAGAAGCUCCAGGAGAACAUCUGCUCUCGUCAUGAUGAGGUGAUGAAGAUGUUCUGCCGUACUGAUCAGCAGAGUAUCUGUUAUCUCUGCCCUGUGGAUGAACAUAAAGGCCACGACACAGUCUCAGCUGCAGCAGAAAGGACUGAGAAGCAGAGAGAGCUCGAGGUGAGUCGACAAAACAUCCAGCAGAGAAUCCAGGACAGAGAAAAAGAUGUGAAGCUGCUUCAACAGGAGGUGAAGGCCGUCAAUCGCUCUGCUGAUAAAGCAGUGGAGGACAGUGAGAAGAUCUUCACUGAGCUGAUCCAUCUCAUCCAGAAAAGAAGCUCUGAUGUGAAGCAGCAGAUCAGAUCCCAGCAGGAAACUGAAGUGAGUCGAGUCAAAGAGCUUCAGGAGAAGCUGGAGCAGGAGAUCACUGAGCUGAAGAGGAAAGACGCUGAACUGAAGCAGCUCUCACACACAGAGGAUCACAACCAGUUUCUACACAACUACCCCUCAGUGUCACAACUCAGUGCAUCUACAGACUCAUCCAGCAUCAAUAUUCGUCCUCUGAGAUACUUUGAGGAUGUGACAGCAGCUGUGUCAGAGCUCAGAGAUCAACUACAGGACAUCCUGAGAGAGAAAUGGACAAACAUCUCACUGACAGUGACUGAAGUGGACGUUUUACUGUCAGAAGCAGAACCCAAGACCAGAGCUGGAUUCUUAAAAUAUUCACAUGAAAUCACACUGGAUCCAAACACAGCAAACACAUAUCUGUUAUUAUCUGAGGGGAACAGAAAAGCAACAUGCAUGAGUCAACAACAGUCUUAUUCUAGUCACCCAGACAGAUUCACUGGUUAUCAUCAGGUCCUGAGUAGAGAGAGUCUGACUGGACGUUGUUACUGGGAGGUGGAGUGGAGAGGGGGAGGAGUUCAUGUAGCAGUCACAUACAAGAAUAUCAGCAGAGCAGGAAAGUCGAAUGAAUGUCGAUUUGGAUUUAAUGACAAAUCUUGGAUGUUAGAUUGUAACACUGACAGAUAUACAUUUUGGUUCAACAACAUCCAAACUCGCGUCUCAGGUCCUCGGUCCUCCAGAGUAGGAGUGUACCUGGAUCACAGAGCAGGUAUUCUGUCCUUCUACGGCGUCUCUGAAACCAUGACUCUCCUCCACAGAGUCCAGACCACAUUCACUCAGCCUCUCUAUGCUGGAUUACAUCUUUAUUAUGGAGGCACAGCUGAGUUGUGUAAACUCAAAUAGACAGAAGUCAUUUCAGACUUCAUGUGUCAGAUUCUGUUGUAAUUCUUCAUGUUUUUGU